UGGAUAUGUCAUUAGUGUCAAUUUACGUUUUGCAGUUGCGGACGCUUACUUGUUUUCAUUUUGUGUAUAGUUAAUAUUGUGUAUUGUUCCAUGAAGUAGUGAUUUAUUGCUUAUAUUGAUUAAAUAUAAUCCACAAAAUGACGGCUGCCAAUAACGAGUAUCCUAAGGCAUCAAAUGCCACUCUAAUUGGAGCCAGCAUUACAUACAUUGCUGGCCUGUUUCUUCUGUUGUCGUUUGCCGGCCCUUACUGGAUUGAGUCUUAUCCUGAAAUGUUCUCCAGCUUUAAACACAUGGGACUGUGGGAAUACUGCUUUGAUCGCUAUCGAUUCCCUUCCUACCAGUUUGAUAAACUGUUUCAUGGAUGCCACUACAUCUUUAGUCAGGAGUUUUACGUGAUUCGAGAAUGGCUGCUGCCUGGCUGGUUGAUGACAGUACAGUUCUUUGUAACAGUAGCUCUGAUAUUGUCUCUGUCAUCUCAAGUGUUGCUGGCAUGUGUGAUAGUGAGGUGGCCACUACGCACCGUCCUGAGAUACGAAUGGAUCUUUGUCAGUGCUGCAUUCAUCAUGGUGGCUAUAUCAAGUGGAUUCUUAUUCUUGGCAGUUGCCAUAUUCGGUGGGAACUGCUACCGGCGCGAUUGGCUGUUGUAUCCUUCAUUCAAUGUACUGUCAUGGUCUUAUGCCUUUGCUGUAGUUGCCUUCAUGUUGUUUGGAGCUGCAGCAAUUCUUUUGUACUUGGAAUCCCGAAAGCUUUACGAACUCCGUUUGGAAGCUAAGAACUUGGUUGCUCAAAUGCAACACAGCCAGCCGGAACAUGCCUUGCACCAUUUACGUGAUCAGUUGCAGCAGCAACGUCAGCUGGGAUUCAUUUAAAGAAAUAAAGGACUGGCAUAAAAUUAUUAUUUUAGAAGUAUACUUCAUGUUCUUGAUGUUAAACAAACACAAAUAUCAAUUAAACACCAUGUUGUCUUGCUUGAAGCUUUGAGCACAAGACAAACAGUUCUAUCUACACUUAAUUUUAGAGAACACAUUAAUAAUUGAAUCUCAGUGUAAUAAUUAUAUCUCCAAUCUCCAAUAUUUUUUUGACUACAGUCAGGUGAGGUGAUAGUUGCUUUCAUAUUUUGUGUACUUAUUGGAUUCUCAAUAUUUAAUUAUAUUAGUGUCACAGUUUGUGCCUUAGUAAAAACACUACACUUAUUAUAAUCUACUGUGUUCUGACAUUUUUAAGAAUGAUUAUGAUAGUUUUAUUUUUUGUGUAAGUUUGUACUUGAUUACUUUUAGUAUUGCAGUGUUGCAUUUAGUAUUGACUUGUAUGUUUUUUAAAUCCAACUUUGUUGGAUGUCUAUUGUAUCGUUCGGGUUUUUUUUUGUGACUGAUUAAUUGCCUUUUUUUGUAGUACAUUAAGUUUUAUACUGAAUGGUUCACUUGACCAGAACAAUAUUUACUUAAUAGUAAUAGAAACAUGUAUUUACAACCCCAUGAGUUUCGAUGUAUAAUAAUGAAAUUAAUUAUCUCCAUUUUUUGUCUUUGCUUUUAUAAUUCUAGUUUUAGUUAUGUUUAAGAUUUGUACUUUAAUUUAAUGUAUUAUUUUUAUUUGAUCAAUUUUGACUUAUUACUUAAUAAUCUGUACCUAACAUGUGCCUUAAGAGAGUAAUGAUUAAAAAUUAUGGAUAUAGGCUUUGUAAACCCAUCCGUCCAAAUAAUAAUCUCAAUAAUUAAGCCAUUCCAAGGAUGAACGCUGAUUGUACUGAUAAUAAUUUUAAAUAAACGUGUAAAGAAAG